CAUUUCCGCCCAACGGAAUUCUACUUCCGGCGUAAGACAUCACGUAAACGAGUGCAGUCUUGUUUAGUUUGAGUGCAGAGCCAACCUUCUCCAAGGAUAAAUCUAUCAACAUGAGCAGCCUGGACCCACACCAGCAACUUUCUCCUGGUUGCCGUGACAACACAACAGGCACUGGUGAUUCAUCAGAUGUGUGUGAGCAUUCCAAGCGGCCUCUCCAAGGUCUGAAAUUGGCAUCGCAUGCGGUGCUGGAGAAAGCACAGCAGAGUGGCAGGGUGAAGUGCUCCAAGUGUGGAGGAUCCAGGAUGUUCUUCUGCUACACCUGCUGCUCAUUAAUGGGUGUCAGCGAUGAGGAGAUUCCUCUGGUCCAGCUUCCUGUGAAGAUCGACAUCAUCAAACACCCAAAUGAAACAGACGGUAAGAGCACCGCUGUUCACGCUAAGAUCCUCGCACCCAACGACGUGACGAUCUACACCUACCCGUGCAUUCCAGAGUAUGACAGGCAGAAGGUGGUUCUGGUGUUUCCUGGCCCGCAAGCGGUUUCGGUUCAGGACAUGCUACAGUCUUUACGUGACAGGAGCACUAACGGGUCACAUGACUUCAGCGAGCCCUGCCGAAAGAGGCUGAGAACCGAAGGAGUUGAAGGUUCCACCCAGUCCGAGUCAAUCUCCAAGUCUCAGGUGACUCCCCUACAGAAGGUGGUCUUCAUCGACAGCACCUGGAACCAGACCAACAAGAUCAGCACAGACGAGAGGCUGCAUGGUUUGGUUCAGGUCGAACUCAAGGCUAGAAAAACGUGUUUCUGGCGUAGUCAGAAGGGCAAACCGGACACGUACCUGGCAACCAUCGAGGCCCUUUACUAUUUUAUGAAGGACUUCCACCAGCAGUGCCUCGGUCUGGAGUACGAUGGAGAAUAUGACAACCUUCUGUUCUUCUAUUCCUUCCUACACUCCGUCAUCAACACGGCUAAAAGUGCUGCUGGUAGGAGCUGAAGGUUCGAGUUCAUCAACAGAACCAGGGACUGACAGACAGCUUGAUGUUUGAGCCUUUUUAUUUCUGUUUAUUUUGGUUUUAUAAGGAAAACUGACAUUAGUUUAAGUUUAAUUAAACAAAAAAAGGCUUCAGUUUGUUUUUGAU